GAUUGACACCCCCAGCUCCUGAAAUGGAGUGGGAUGGGGUACCAGGGACAUAAUCACGGAUAAACAGAAAGGAAGAUAGACGGACAUUGUAUGAUAUGGCGGGAAUCUGCUGCUAUGCAGGACCUUCACCAAUCCUGCAAGCCCGGAAAAUUAAUGGCUUCCGCUGCUACUCCAGGGCACCCAAUAACGUGAAGAAAGAAAAGCCCACGCCACAGCUCUUGAAAAUCGCAGUUAGUGGAGUUACUGAGCUUCUAAGGCUCUUCUCCUCCAGCAGCAAAAAUAGAAAGAGUACAUCAUUUUGGAGGAGAGGUUGUAUGAACUCAGGUGCCACUUCCAUCCAAAUCUGUCCCUCACAGUUUAUAACAAAUUUUGCCAAAUAA